GACUGAGCCUCCAGAGCUAAGGCUGCUUUGAGUAGAAUCCUCAAGCUUGGCCUCAGAGUACUAUGAGGCUUCAGAAUCCAGAAAUAAAGAGACUACUCUUGGAUUUACUCUCUUUGUAUUGCAUGUCAAAGACAACAGAACUGGACCAAGAAAGUUCAUAAGUUUUUGCUUUUGUUUCUACUAAGAUGACAUCAUACAUGACUAUUGAUGGCAGUGCUCUUCAGGUUCCCUUGCGUCAGAAGCCGAGGAGGAAAACUCAAGGUUUUCUCACGAUGAGUCGGAGGAGGAUAUCGUGUAAAGAUCUGGGCCAUGCUGACUGCCAAGGGUGGCUGUAUAAGAAAAAGGAAAAGGGAAGUUUCCUAAGCAACAAAUGGAAAAAGUUCUGGGUGAUACUGAAGGGGUCGUCACUGUACUGGUAUAGCAAUCAAAUGGCAGAGAAAGCUGAUGGAUUUGUCAACCUGCCUGAUUUCACUGUAGAAAGAGCAUCCGAAUGCAAGAAAAAACAUGCUUUUAAGAUCAGCCAUCCACAGAUCAAGACCUUUUAUUUUGCAGCUGAGAAUGUGCAGGAAAUGAAUGUGUGGUUAAAUAAACUUGGAUUGGCUAUAAUCCAUCAGGAAUCCACUACAAAGGAUGAAGAAUGUUACAGUGAAAGUGAACAGGAAGAUCCUGAAAUAGCUGCAGAGACACCACCCCCUCCUCACGCUUCCCAGACUCAGUCUUCGGCUGCACAGCAGGCAUCUUCAUCCUCACCCAGCCUGAGUGGAACAUCGUGUUCUUUCUCUUCCCUGGAAAAUGCAAUGAAGACACCCAGCAGUUUUCCUUCCUCCUUAUCUAAAGAGAGACAAUCCUUGCCUGACACAGUUAACAGUUCAUCUGCUGCUGAAGAUGAGGGACAACCAAUAACGUUUGCUGUACAAGUUCAUUCACCUGCACCCUCAGAGGCAGGCAGCUACAAGGCCCCGGAAAACAGCUUUGUCACAUCAGAAAGUGGAUUUUUGAACUCUUUAUCUAGUGAUGAUACUUCUUCAUUGAGUAGCAAUCAUGACCAUCUUAUUGUCCCGGAUAAGCCUGCUGGAUCAAAGAUCAUGGACAAAGAAGAGAUAAAAGUGUCUGAAGAUGACGAAAUGGAGAAGCUGUACAAAUCGUUAGAGCAAGCUAGUCUAUCUCCUCUUGGGGACCGACGGCCUUCGACUAAAAAGGAGUUGAGAAAAUCCUUUGUUAAGCGGUGUAAAAAUCCAUCUAUAAAUGAGAAACUCCACAAAAUCCGAACAUUGAAUAGCACAUUAAAGUGUAAAGAACAUGAUCUGGCCAUGAUUAACCAGUUGCUGGAUGACCCGAAGCUGACAGCCAGGAAAUACAGAGAGUGGAAAGUCAUGAACACCCUGCUGAUCCAGGACAUCUAUCAGCAGCAGCGGGCUUCGCCUUCUCCUGAUGACACUGAUGACACCCCCCAGGAACUCAAGAAAUCACCUUCUUCUCCCUGUGCUGAAAAUUCCAUUUGAGGCACAAAGUCAGGGUUUUAUCCUCUUAUAUUUUAUCAUAAGCAACUCUUCAAGAUAUUGCAAAAGCUUACAUUUUUCCUUAAAAGGAAAACUGAAUCCCAGUCCUUCAAGCAUCAGCUUCCCAUCUAAAGAUGCAUCUUACAUGAAGAUAAUCACCAAAUACACCAGGGCUCCUCAUUCCAGUCGUAACGCGUCCAUUGAGACUGGAAUGAUUGAGUUCAGUUGAAAGGCGUUUUUUGUGUUCCUACUGGGAGCUCAUGGUGAUGCAGGGCUCUAGGAGGGAUGUGAGAAAUGUCUCUUCUGUUCCUUGCUCUCCAGAGAAUGCUAUGGGCAAAAAUCAAAUUUUACCAGGAAUAAUUGUCCAUGGAAACAUUCUGUUUUUCAAAAGAAGAAUGUACAUAUGCCACUUGGCUGGGAAGCUGUGUGGUCCAAAUAACUUUUUGAGUGGAGGAAUGUUUUCUAUAGCAGUGACUACAAGGACAAACGUGGUGUUGCAGAGCAAAAAUUCCUUGCCUUUGGUAUAGAAUGGUGGUGCCUUUUCCACAUGUUGAGAAAUACUUAAUAGACAGUGGCGUGUGGGAGAGCUGAAGGAGGAGGCAUGUUCCAUUUUCCACUCACUCAAAGGACAGCUUAGUGUUUUCACACUUUGUGCAGGUUAGGGGAUCUGAUUAAUGUUUCCUUUCCUUACAACAGCUAGAGAAAACAUCUCAUCACAAUUGGAGACCUCUACUCCCUUCGAACUUUCCUACUCAACGGUAGGAGAUAGUAAUAUGUCCAGCAAAGAAUGUCUACUGCUCUUGUCCUUGGCUGUGAUCCCUAUACAUAGUGUGAAUUUAUAUCCAGAUUUCCCAGGAUCAAUAUUGACAAGAUGACUUUGGCAUCUGAAUUGUUUUAAUAUCUUUGCUCAAAAACAAAAAACAAAAAACAAAAAACAAAACAAAAACCCACGGAAACAGCAAAAGAGUUAAACAUGAUGGUUUUAUUUUUGUAUGUUUAUAUGUCACUUGUGUGCUAUGUGAAUAGCUAUCUAUGUUUGUUAUUUAAAUAUAUUUAUAGAAGUUCAAAUUACUAGUGUUUUAAAAGAUGAUAUACUAUUAUAUAUUGUGCUUAGUAUAUAUUUGAUGAGUCUAGACUUUUUGCUUGAGAAAAAUAGAAAUACUAUUGAUUCACUGGUGUUACGAUGUUGCACUAUAAUGUCUGAGGAAUGCUCAGGAAAUCUUGUGGGAAAAAAAUGGGGCAUGCAUUCAUAAUUUUUCUUUUUCUUCCCCACCCCAAACCCCAUGAGCUCUUACAUUUAGAUUUCUAUCUCCUGUCAGUCACUCUUUUAACCAGAAAAGGAUUUUCAUCUUAGAUUAUCCUUUCUAUUAAAUAAACUUUAAGCUUUGUGCCAUUUAUGCCUGCAAACCUUAGAUCAAAGGCAACACAACUAAUGUCGUCUUUUCAUUAAAGACUAAUAGAAAUUUGGAAAUCAUUGUGGUAAAGAGAACUCAUAGAGAAACAAUAUGAAAGUCUUCCCUUACUAAUCACCAUGAAUAUUUCUCAUCAUAGGAAUAACCACAACCCACCAAGUACUCAUGUUGGCCCUGCCUACCCCUGACAAAUUGUUGACAUAACCUAUUUUGUUUUAUAGCUUCAAAGUGUGGCUUGACAUUCAAAUGGAAGAAACCACUCGAAUUAUAUCUGCAAACAAAAUGGAAAUAGUUGUUGAGUAUUUCCCCAAGCUUUACUAAGAAGCCUUAAUACUCUGUAAACAAACAAACAAACAAACAAAAAACAACCUUAGCA